GAAAAUUAGCAAUAAAUUUCUGAUUAACGUUUUUAAAUUAUUUGGUCUAUAGUUUGGAAAACGAUUGGCUGAGUGCAAGUGUUUAAUGCAAAUCUUUUUGGAAAAACUCUGUAACGGAAGAAGAGAUAAAACAUAAUGCACAAAACAAAAAUUAAUCAGACAGAAUAGCGGAUUAUAGCGAAAUAGUGUGAAACGAUUUGAGAUCAGUGCGUGUUUUAUUUAAAAUUUAAAUUUUAUAAGUGAAAUUAUAUUGAAUAUAACAUUUAAUUACGAUAACAGUUUAUAACAAGUGCAUAUAAAACAAAAAAUCAGAAGCUAAUAGUUUAAUAACAAGAAUAAUAGUCGAAUAUAAAAAGUGACGGUUAUAGAAAACCAAAAAAGGCGAUUUUGAUAAAUUUGAAUUUUUAGUUGGUUGGCUUUGGCGGCACUUCAUGCGUGCAAAAAGCAAGGAAAACACUUCUGUGGAGAAUUUUUGUUAGUUUCUAUUGUGAAGCUGAACUGAGAGGUUCUUAAGAGUCCUGCGUUGCAAAUUAAUUGUUUUCAUUUAAUUUUAAUUAUUUUAAAGUGAAAAAGUUUAAACGGUUUCAAUUGUGCAUAAAUUAGUAAAAGAACUUAAUUUUUUAUUAAACUAAAAUUGUGUUUAACAAAUUCAACAUAAAGAAAUAACAACUUCUACUUGUGUUUAUUUAAUAAAGAGAAACGAUACCCAAAAAAAUGUCCGUUAAUUCUCAACUAUUAGUUAAAUGCGGUGGCUUCGCAACUCAAUUGGCAACUUACGUUGGUCACGACGAUGGCCCAUUAUGGGGCGCUCAAUUCGAUGCAACUAAUCCUGAAGCCGUUUUGCAAACCCAUAUGGAUGCUUUAAUGAAUGGUGCCCAAAUAAUUCUAAGCAAUACUUAUCAAGUUAGUAUUGCCGGACUAAUGAAGUAUUUGCAUUAUUCAGAAGUUGAGAGUUGGCAGCAUAUCAAAAAAAGUGUACGUCUUGCAAAAGAUGCUGCUGCAAAAUACAAUCAAAUAAAGAAAAUUAGUGAAACGCAGGCCGGUGGCCUACCAAUGGUUUUGGCAUCGAUUGGUCCAUAUGGUGCUUGUCUUCAUGAUGGCUCUGAGUACACUGGCAACUAUGCAAAUACUGUUACAAAAGAAUAUUUGCAAGAAUGGCACAAGCCAAGAAUUGAAGCAUGCUUGGAAGAAGGCAUAGAUGGCUUGGCUGUGGAAACUAUUCCAUGUCAGAUUGAAGGCGAAGCAGUCGCUGAAAUGUUAUUAACUGAAUAUAAACAUGUAAAGUUUUGGACUUCUUUCCAAUGCAAGGAUGGUAUAGAAUUGGCAAAUGGUGAUAAUUUUGCACUUACUGCCAUCUCUAUUUGGGAUUUGGUUAAGAAGUACGACGCUAUUGAUCGCUUCCUUGGCAUAGGUGUUAAUUGCGUUCAACCGGAGUACGUUACAGAUUUGAUCCAGAGUGUUCACGACGUAAAUGGUGAUGAUAUUCCACCUUUUGUUGUCUAUAGCAAUAGUGGUGAAGUAUUUAAUGUCGAAUUAGGUAUUUGGGAAGGUGGUGAUCAUAUUAAGCCACUAGCAUCUUUCGUCGAUGAAUGGGUUAAUUUGGGAGUUAAAAUUAUUGGUGGUUGUUGUCGGGUUUACCCAAACUCCAUUAAACAAAUACGUGAACGUAUUGAUAACAUUAAUUCCAGUAAUAACAGUAUAUUGUAAAUUAUAUAUAAUGUCUACCAUAUAUCGUAUCAUAUUUUAA